GUGCAUGACAGUACUUAAAACCUGGGGAGGAAUUUUGAUUUUAACCUGAGGGCAAUGAGAAAACAAUUAAGAGGAUUAAACUGGAGAGUAACUUGAUUAGUCUAGCAUCUCAGAAGAAUAAUUUGGACUGUAGUGUGCAGCCCAGAUUGGAGGAGACUAGACGCGGAUGAACGAGACCAGUUAAGACACUGUUGCAAUGAUCCAGGUAGAAAAAUGCUAGUAGCCUGGACUGUGGUAGUGACGUGGGUGGGAGAGGAUUAAGUGAAUCACUGAUUCCUCAGCAAAUGAGUACACCUAGCUCAGCCGCUGAGGCAUUCAAAGAUGAAUGAAUGAAGGAAGGAAUGAUACAUGAACAUUUCAUGUGUGACUGCCUGCAUGAAUCAAUGCGGAGUGAAGGUGUGUAUUCCGGAAUAAGUGCAUGCAUGUGGAAGCAAAGGCCCAGGUGGGCUGGUGCUUGAUGGGAGACGUGCCAAGCUCCAGAAGGCCAUCCCAGAUGGUCACGGGGGGAGGAACUGCCCCUCCAGGACCGGUCGGAAGGAUGAAGCUCUUUGAAGUACAGGCUGACAGGGAUGGCAGAUGGAUUAGUGAGUGUGACUCAGUCAGGAGAUGGUGGGCUGGUCCCAGAUUCCAAAAGUGUCUGACCCUCAUGAAGCAGGCUGUGGCUGUGGAGGGCCCAGAGGCCCUGGGUGUGGUGUUCCUGGAAGGUCUGGGCAGGAGAGCCCUGAAAGCAAUGGAGGGUGUCUGGGGGAAAGCAGGCCUUCCCUGAGCCUCUGCCAGUGUCGGGUGCCCACUGGAGACCUUAUUCCUGAGGGUCUGAGGUGGGGGCAGGUGAUAGGAGAGGCAGUGACGACUGCUAGAAGCUGGAUGGCCAAGAAGAACCCCUCCCGUUGGGUGUCUGUGGGCCCACCUCAUUUGCAAGCGGAGGCGGUGAGGCACCUUGCCUGAAUAACUCUCACAGCAGGUGUGCAGCCACCUUGGCGUAACCACGCCCACUCCCAGCCCCUGUGUGUCUGGUUGCCCAGCAGCCUGGGUCUUGGGACUGCCUGUCCCUCAGUGCUGCCUCUUGGACCAGUCAGGAUUCCUGGUUUCCCUGGCAACGGGAAGCACGUCAGCAGCCUGGGCGCUCCCAGCCGGUCCUGGUGCUGCGGUUGCCGAGGAGACGCUGCAGCCUAGCUGGGCCCUGGCAGAUUCCUUCUGGAACCCCAACGCCUUCGAGACGGAUUCCGACCUGCCGGCUGGAUGGAUGAGGGUCCAGGACACCUCAGGGACCUACUACUGGCACAUCCCGACGGGAACUACCCAGUGGGAACCCCCUGGCCAGGCCUCCCCCUCACAGGGGAGCAGCCCCCAAGAGGAGUCCCAGCUCACCUGGACAGGCUUUGCCCAUGGAGAAGGCUUUGAGGAUGGAGAGUUCUGGAAGGAUGAACCCACUGAGGAGGCCCCGAUGGAGUUGGGACUGAAGGACUCCGAGGAGGGAACAUUGCCCUUCCCAACUCAGAGCCUCAGCCCAGAGCCAUUGCCCCAAGAGGAGGAGAAGCUUCCCCAACGGAAUGUCAACCCAGGGAUCAAGUGUUUCGCCGUGCGCUCCCUCGGCUGGGUGGAGAUGACCGAGGAGGAGCUGGCCCCUGGACGUAGCAGUGUGGCAGUCAACAAUUGCAUCCGUCAGCUCUCGUACCACAAAAACAAUCUGCAUGACCCCAUGUCUGGGGGCUGGGGGGAGGGAAAGGAUCUGCUGCUACAGCUGGAGGACGAGACGCUGAAGCUGGUGGAGCCACAGAGCCAGGCACUGCUGCAUGCCCAGCCCAUCGUCAGCAUCCGCGUGUGGGGCGUCGGGCGGGACAGUGGCAGAGAGAGGGACUUUGCCUACGUAGCUCGCGAUAAGCUGACCCAGAUGCUCAAGUGCCACGUGUUUCGCUGUGAGGCACCCGCCAAGAACAUCGCCACCAGCCUGCAUGAGAUCUGCUCUAAGAUCAUGGCUGAACGGCGCAAUGCCCGCUGCUUGGUAAAUGGACUCUCUCUGGACCACUCUAAACUCGUGGAUGUCCCUUUCCAAGUGGAAUUCCCCGCACCUAAGAAUGAGUUGGUACAGAAGUUCCAAGUCUAUUACCUGGGGAAUGUGCCUGUCGCUAAACCUGUUGGGGUGGACGUCAUUAACGGGGCUCUGGAGUCAGUCCUCUCCUCUAGCAGCCGUGAGCAGUGGACCCCAAGUCACGUCAGCGUGGCCCCUGCUACCCUUACCAUCUUGCACCAGCAGACAGAGGCAGUGCUGGGGGAAUGUCGGGUGCGCUUCCUCUCCUUCCUGGCUGUGGGCAGAGAUGUCCACACGUUUGCAUUCAUCAUGGCUGCCGGCCCAGCCUCCUUUUGCUGCCACAUGUUCUGGUGCGAGCCCAAUGCUGCCAGCCUCUCGGAGGCUGUGCAGGCCGCGUGCAUGCUUCGCUACCAGAAGUGUCUGGAUGCCCGCUCGCAGGCCUCCACCUCCUGCCUCCCAGCACCCCCUGCUGAGUCUGUUGCCCGGCGUGUAGGCUGGACUGUCCGCAGGGGUGUUCAGUCGCUGUGGGGCUCUCUUAAGCCCAAACGGUUAGGGGCCCAUACCCCAUGAAGAAGCCCCCACCCUCCCUCCACCUGCUUGUGUCGGGCCCCUGGGAACUAACGGGUAUGGGGCAGGGAGGGGCCAUAGAGGCUAUUCCUAGGCCUCAGGCCCCCCCCCAGAGCUGCCCCUCCCCAGUAGCUGGGGUUCCCUGCCUAGGGCCUGGGGAGGGAGAAAUCUAAUCCCUUCAAGGAAAGUGGUAACACUGGAGUGAUGACAAGAGGAGCAGGAAGCAAGGCCAGCCCCAGGCUCUCCAUCCCCGUGUGUUUCAGGUGGAGCAGGAGGAGCUGGUCCAGGCCAGGUCUCAUCCUCCUAGGGCCCAGCAAGGACAGAAGGGAGGGGACUGGUCUAGUCAUGGGUCCCUUCCCCACUGGUCUGUGGGCACCUCUGCUGUACUGAUAUCACUAAUAAAGUCUGUCUGCACUGC